AUGCCUAUUCGAGUUGCAAAUACGAUAGUCAGGAAACUAUCGAAACAAUUAUACUACAAUUAUGGAAAGACAGUAGCGUCUCGAACGUAUCUAUUACUGCUCUUCUCUUUAUCUUUUAUAGCCUAUUUUUCAUUACCCAUUGUCACUAAAUAUUGUCAUAAUAUCAUUACACCAACAAUACAAAAUAACAUACCAUUAUCUCAUUUAUCGACGUCGCUGGAUGCUCAAUGCUGGCACGCCUCUGCCCACGUCCAGUUUAAUAACUUUACAACCAGCCACCAUCCACCUACACAAUACCUAAUCACUGAACAAAUACGUCUAUCACAUCCAAAUCAACCAGUGACAUUUGAAUUAAUACAGCAAGCAAAACAAAUUUAUGAAAGUAUCAGUACAACUAUUGUUACCAUGGCUGACAAUGCUGCACCCGUCUCACUCGCUUCUAUAUGCUACAAGCACCACGGCCAUUGUCUUGUGCACGCACCUCCUUUUGUUCAGUUUAGAGAUGAAAACGAUUGGCGAUCGAAAACACGAUUAGAUCAGGCAAACACUCGUCACCAAUAUGAAAUACACCCUUACUCGGUCUAUUCGAAUGCCACCUUUGAUCACCAAGGUAGAUUUGUCAAAGCAGAUGCUGUCUUGUUGACUUUUGUUCUUAAACAAAACAAACAAGGCAAUGCGAUACGUAUUUGGAAUCAGUUGUUACAAGAAGUAAAAAACAAAUACCAUAUUAUUGAUCUUCAACCCAGACCACCACAGAUAUCUUCUUCUAUCUGGGCUGCUUCUUCGAGUAAUACCGCGCAUAUGAUUCAGUACAAGUUCAACUUGUUUCCCUACGAUAUUUCAUACAAGGCACAAGCUUCUAUUGUAGCAUACUUAAUUAUUUUUUAUUUGGUCUCAAUAGCAUUUAACAAAUCAAAUCUUGUCAAGUCUGGUUAUUCUUUUGGUUUGGCUGCUGUGUUCCUCUCUGUUGCUUGUUUUACGACAACCUAUGGUAUCAUGGAUAAACUAGGCAUCUCGCUCAAUCAUGUUCCCUGGUAUUUGCUAUUGGUGGCUGUCAACAUUGGUUGUUUAGAGAACAUCUUUUUGCUGACAAACGCUGUUCUUUAUGCUGGUUGUGACAUGGUUGUCAAUGAGAAAAUUAGUCGAGGUUUACAAAGUGUUGGUGUGCCUAUGACAGCCACAUUGAUUGCAGAAUUGUUCAUUUUGAAUGUAGGCACUUACAUGGAGACAGCCUUGAUCAAAGAGUUCUGUAUGUUUGCUCAGGUUGCCUUGAUUGUGGAUUUCAUCCUUGAAGGAACUUUUGUGAUUGCUGUCUUGUCUAUUGAUAUUAAACGAGUUGAACUGGCAGAUUUAGAUGAUCGCCAAAUGUCAAAACGUCUUCAUGAACUAGCCAAUCAUGAAUUCAAGAAACAAGCACAUCAUUCUGAUUUCUGCCCAAUUCAAGACACACCUAAUAAAGAAGACAGCAAGACAUGCGCAGAAUGCAAAGACUUCAAAACUCACCGAGUAAUCAAUGCUUUUAUGUUGUGCUUAAUUUUACUUGUCUUGUCCUUAUUCUGUACAAAAGAAUACCAUCACCAUUUACAUGUUCCUUCCUCAGCACCAUUAAUCACUGAAAUCGAACCUAUGCAACACCAUGAUUCGUUUGUUUACCAACCUGAUCUUAACCAACUCUCAGAUCAAUUCUGGUCUACAGUCAAUCCCGAAAAAGACACAACCUGGCUUCAGAUCCAACCUGCUCAUCUCUUCAUCUAUAGUUCAGAUAUCAUGCGUGUUCAGCACCAUGUAGAUCAAUUACAACAUCUUUACCAACUCAAAUCCAUGGAUAUUCAUUACAAACCUGACUAUCACCCUUCACUUUUUCGCAUGUUUGUAUUGUCUGUGAUUCAGCGUGCUUUAGUGAUAUUGUUGAGCAUUAAUAUACCUGUCUUGAUCUUAUGGUUAGUGAUGAUUGCCAUCAUUACCUGGAUGACGCCCAAGUGGCGUAAGGAAUGGUUAGUGCCAUUGAUGAUUCAGUGCUUUAACCAGUCUAUGUUGGCCUUGAUUCGAUGGUUCUGUAUUUUGAUGCAGUUCUCAAAACGUGCCUAUUAUUUCUAUAUGAAAGGACAAACAUUGGGUAUUAGUAAAGAGUAUGAUGCAGACGGUAUUCAUCGCGGUGCAAUUACUGCCCAAAACAUCUUUAAUCAGCAACAGUAUCGUUCCAAUGUCAAGAAGAUUCAAGUUCAUACCUUGACACAUCAACACACAACAGAUAUUCAAGACUUGAAUGCCAAUGCGAAACAAAACUUGGUGUCCUGUGGUCAAGAUGGACGAAUUAUGCUAUGGGAUAUAGACCAUGCUCACCCUACUUGGUUAGCUCGUCUUGAUAAACUCUAUCCUGCUCGAGGUGGUCUUCUUCAGGCUACUUUGAACCCAGACCAUCAUGCUAAAAAGAAACCUCAUCACAGCAAGCAUCAACGAAAAAGAAGAACCAGUCGUCCUAUCAUGUUAUCUAAACAAUUGUCAAAAGCCCGUUGUGUUAAAAUAGAUCAAGGCAACCGUUGGGUUGCUGCAGGUUAUGAUGAUGGCUUGAUUCGUAUCUGGAAUGUCAAUACAGGCACGCUUGUUCGAGAAAUGGACAUUCAUCCUCAUACGGUGGAAGUGCAUCAGGAAUCAGAAGAGACAGGGCUUCGCCGUCGAUUCCAUCAUGAACCUACCUUGAGCCAAAAGAAGAUUGACCGUAUCUUGUGUGUGCAAUUCAUUGGAGCUAUUGCUGAAUUUUGUCACCCAAGGAUUGCUGAAGCUGCUGCUCAUUAUAGUGCUACUGAUAUUGAAGUAUCACAAAACUUUAUUGUUUCUGCACACAAGAGCGGGUGGUUACAUGAAUGGGACAUUUUGUCGGGUGAAUGCAUUCAAACAGUCAAGACGGGUCACACAAAAGACAUUACACAGCUGCAUGUUGUGGACUCCAAAGCCCCUCAUCGCAAACUUGGUGUAACAUGGGUAUUUACUGCUUCAAAAGAUGGUACAGUCAAAUGUUGGGAACGUCGUUUGAUCACCAAAAAGACAGACGAUGCGCUUGAAGAACCGUCUCAACAAACAAGUACGCUUUGGCAUUUAGUCUAUACAAUCAAGCAAACAAGUGCCGUUACUUCCAUAGCAACUGAAAUACCUGUAGGCGGUAUGGGCGUCUUGGUCACAGGAUGUGCCGAUGGUGCUGUAAAGGUGUGGAAUUUCGAAACGGGUGAAUCUAUCUGCUUCUUAUCGUUGGGUAAAGUGCCUACACUUUCUUCUUCUGUCUCUAGUACAGCUUCCGUUGUUUCAGACUUGACUGCGCGUGAUAGAAACAGUGUAGGCGGUCCUAUCCGCCAAUUUGCUCGAUUCUCUCAUCAUAUAGGUGAUGCACCGAGUGAAUAUUCUUCUUCCGAUGGUGAUGAUGAGGAAGACAGGCGCUCUUCAGCCUCUUCUAGUGAUUCGCAUUCAGUGUCGCUUGGAUCUCCAUCGGAUCACCGAGGAUCCAUUUAUCAGGUGGUAGUGACACGUUAUUGUGAAGUAGAGAACGGACCAGGCCUUUGUCGUGACUGUGAUACUUGUUUUGGUAACGGCUUCUUGGUUGCCUCCAGUGGUAUGGAUAAUAAGGUCCAUGCUUGGCGUUUAGAGCGUUCAGACAAUGGCCAUGAAGGACCUUGUACACUAUGCACAAAGGACUAUCAUCGUAAACAAUACAAGCAUCGUAAGGCGUCUAUCAACAGCAACGAAGACGCAACAGCUGACGGAUUAUUGAUGCAUACAUCUGCUACCGUCGUUGGCAGAACACGCAAACGAGCCUCGUCUUCGCAUACGGCUAUCAAGAAGAGAACUUUUCAGAGUCGACCUUCUCCUGUGGUGAUAAGUAGUCAUGAUAGUAUGGAUACGCUUGAGUUACUGGAUAUUGAACAAUUAGCAGGCGAUACCAACAUUGCUUUGGAACCUACCUUCUUGGGACACAUUGAUCAACCUGCUGGUCGUGGUCUUGUCUUUUGUGAUAAAAUCUUGGCUGGUGUACGUCGCUGUCGUCGUCGUCGCCGUCGUGACAAGUCACAGCAAGGUGAAUGGGAAGUCUGGUUUGCUUCCUUACAGUAUUACGAUCCAUCUGACUUGACAGAAGAACAUGAAACACAUCGCUCAAAAAUACCUAUUGAAACCUUUAGUCUUGAUGAUAACACACACAUGGUUCAAUCAAAACAAGAGAAAGAAGAAGAUCAACACAAGACUUUACAAGCAUUGAAAGGGACUUUGUUGGGCUUGUUUACAUCUUCCUCAAGCCAUGAUGAGACGAAAAUGGGCUUAAAAUACAAGCACAUUCAUGCACAUCUAUCUGACAGUUCUGAUGAAGACACCAAGAAAGAUCAAGAGGAAGAUGAUUUUCUUUUAGACGAUGAUAGUUUAGAAGCAAGUGAAAACUUGCCAUUCUCUGCUAUUCGCCAUAUUAUUUCGCUGGAUGGGUCUGGACUUGCGUGUGAUUUUGGUAAUUUCAUUAAGCUGGUGUAUCUUGACAAGCCCAGUUUGACAGAAAAAGAGCGUCUAAAACAAACAAGAGAAACCAUGGAAGACAUUGGAUUAAAUGGGCAGCAGAUUAUUGAUCAAAUUGUAGCAGAAGAUGAGAGUAUGGAUUUAGGCUGCCAAUGUGAUGAUCAUUCUACUUGCUCUCCAACCAACAGAGGCAAUAAUGGAUGUUGUGGUGGUGUCAAUAAAGAAAAAAACGGAGGAAAAUGUUGUGGUGGCAAUGUGAAGCAAAAGCAGCAAGAAAAAAGACAGCAAAAACUCUUGUUUAAGAAGCCAAUGCCUGCUACUUGUGGCGGUAUUGCAGAGUGUUCCUUAAAGAACAAUUGUUCUCGGGCUUCAGAAUGUGCUUCUGCAAAUCAAACGGUAACUUCACAUUCAUCCUUCAGUAAUUGGCUUUAA